AUGGAGUCUCGAGGUGAAGUCCAAGAACCCCUUUUACGCUGCUUCCCAGAACCUGAACCUAGUUCUCAUCAUCAUGAAGUGGACUCCAGGCUUGAAAAUGUCCUAAACGACACCAACUUAGGCUACGUCAAGCGCCUCAGGUUGGCAUCCUGGAUUGAACUUAAACUCCUCCUCCCCUUAGCUGGACCUGCCGUUUUGGCUUACUUUAUCAACAACUGCAUGUCCUUGUCCACCAGAAUCUUCGCGGGCCACCUUGGCAAUCUUGAGCUUGCUGCUGCCUCUCUUGCCAAUAGUGGUGUCCAACUCUUUGCCUAUGGCCUCAUGGUAAUAAGCUGA